GGAACAUUUUGCUCACCAGAUCCAAUGUUCUCUAACUUUUCAGCCUUUCCGCAUUGAAAACGGUGUUACCUCACUUCGCUUAAUAGGCGCAGGGUCAGAUAUGGUGUAUACAUUGGCACAUUCGACAUAAGUGAACAUGUUCUGAGACUUGUGAAUCACCUUGAGUAUAUAUAUCAACCUCAACGCGGAACGAAAGCCUUGACUCAGUACUAUGCAAACCGACAUCAUCGUCUUCAUUGAGAAGAUGAAAGGCUACAUGCGAUAUACAGUGGCAGCUGACUUACCGGAGAUUGUGGCUGAAAAUCAUUUCUAUACGGAAACCCAGCAUUCUGGUGCGAUCAAGGGGGGCCCAAGCUCCGCAGUCUCAUCAGCAAAUUCAUCCCACCACGGGUCCUUGUCGGCACCACCGUCCUUUCCAUAUGGUCAUCUUUACCUACAACACUCACAGAGUAAUGGACGAAUAUCGAAUUCGAAUGACACCAUAAUCCAGCUGUCGCGCAGUCAACAUGAAGGGCAUGAUGACUUCCAACCCCAGAUCUGGCAAGAGAUUGAGAGAAGGCGGAAGGCCGAUCAUAUCAUUGACAGGAUCACCAACCCCAAAACAAAGCAACAAGCUAGGAUCCGUGAAGAAACGAACCGGUCAAGGUGGGCCAAACGCACCGGUGUAUCUGGAAUCUAAGCAAGAGGAAGCGUGGAUGAAGCUUCAUUCCCUGGACUCGUGAAAUAAACUCAGGUGCCACUCUAUAACUUCACAUUGUACGCAAUGUCUAUACAAUCUCAGGGUUUUUCUCGACGGUUCGCUUUACUCAGUAACACCUGGCAGAUGGUGCCUGCAGGCAGUGUUAACGACUCAGAGUUUUUAAUUGGUUUUAAAGCUCUUCCGACUCAUGAGGUCCGUCGGCUUCAGUUGUUGGCUAGCACCAGCCGACCAGGCUUGUGAUGCGUAUUGUUUUCACAAACCAUCGACAUCGACUCAGGUUUCCAAGAGGCAAUUUGAACAUUAUUUACCGUCACUGUGGUGUCUGUUGUAUGUUAAGAUACGUAUGCGAAGGAUCGUGUCUAGGUUUUGGCCUGUUGGAGACAAGGAUGAUCGAUCUUGGAUGCCAUUGUGUAUUUACAUUGGUGGAGGAUUGGGAACAGCUGGGCCACAGACCUGCGCGACAACUGUGGCUGGUACCCACCGCCUCUGGGGAAAGGAAAGCUUACGAGAUCUCCGGACAUUACUAACAUAACAUUUGAAAGAUUUGCAUUAUACCAGAUGUUGCGGACGAAAAGACUGCUCAGUCUCGGCUUAUGCCCGGCACCGAGGGAAUUGUUUCUCAAAUGUGGGGUUGCGCACAACUACCGACAAUGGAGGGGUUAGGUUAUUUCAAACUUCGAAGACAUUGAGAGGUCGAGUUUCUGC